AUGGCUCAGCCCAUUCGAGCAUACACGCCCUGGCCAACGAGUCAUGAGAAGAUUGCAGAGCCCAAACCCACAAACAACUUUAUCGGCAACAAGUUCACGGUUUCGUCUGCGUCGUCCUGGAUAGAUGUCCACGACCCUGCUACUAAUAAUCUUGUUACGCGUGUCCCCGAGUCCACGGAUGAGGAACUAGCCGCUGCUGUCAAGUCGGCGCAGGAUGCUUUCCCUGGUUGGAAGAAUACCUCAAUCAUCCGCCGACAGCAGCUCAUGUUCAAUUUCACACGUCUCAUACGCGAGAAUAAGGAUAGGCUUGCCGCCGCCAUCACCUUGGAGCAGGGAAAGACCCUCGCCGAUGCCCACGGAGAUGUGCUGAGAGGCCUGCAGGUUGCCGAGAGCGCGUGCGGCAUCACGACUCAGCUUACUGGAGAGGUUUUGGAGGUUGCCAAGGAUAUGGAGACCCGCAGCUACCGCGAGCCUUUGGGAGUCACCGCAGCAAUUUGUCCAUUCAACUUCCCGGCUAUGAUUCCUCUCUGGUCCAUUCCCAUUGCAACCGUUACAGGAAACACGCUCAUCCUCAAGCCCUCCGAACGCACCCCCGGGGCUGCUAUGAUCUUGGCAGAACUUAUAAAAGAAGCUGGCUUCCCCGAUGGCGUCGUCAAUAUCAUCCAUGGAACCCAUCGCGCGGUCAACUUUAUCCUUGAUGAACCCGCUAUUAAGGCCAUCAGCUUCGUUGGAGGAAACACCGCCGGCGAGUACAUCUACACCCGCGGUUCCGCCAACGGGAAGAGGGUGCAGGCGAAUCUCGGGGCCAAGAACCACGCUGUUGUUCUUCCCGAUUGCAGCAAGGCGAGCACCAUCAACUCUGUUAUAGGUGCUGCCUUCGGUGCUGCCGGCCAGCGAUGCAUGGCUCUGAGCACUCUUGUUCUCGUUGGCCCCGAGACUCAAUCGUGGAUCGGCGAUCUCGUCGAAGCCGCCAAGGGACUAAGGGUCGACGGCGGCUUUGAAGAGGGCGCUGACCUAGGCCCUGUAAUCAGUCCCCAGAGCAAAGUGCGGAUCGAGGGACUUAUUGCGUCCGCGACGGAGGAAGGUGCAACUAUCGCCUUGGACGGGCGCAAUUAUGCACUGCCAAAGUACCCGAAUGGUAACUUCAUCGGCCCGACCAUCAUCACGGGUGUUCAGCCACAUAUGAAGUGUUACAAAGAGGAAAUCUUCGGUCCAGUACUUUGCGUGCUCGAGGCUGAUUCUUUAGAGGCUGCCACCGCGUUGGUCAAUAAGAAUGAAUACGGCAACGGCGUUGCCAUUUUCACCAAUUCCGGGCCCAAGGCCAGUUGGUUCCAGAAGAAUAUUGAGGCAGGUCAAGUGGGAGUGAACGUUCCUAUACCUGUGCCUCUGCCAAUGUUCAGCUUCACUGGAAAUAAGAAGAGCAUCGCGGGAGGUGGCGUGAGUACUUUCUACGGAAAGCCGAGUCUGAGCUUUUACACCCAGACCAAGACCGUUACGAGUCUGUGGAGGAGGGCCCAAGAACAAGAGAAGCAUGCCACGUCCACCAGCAUGCCGACACAGAGCUGA